AUGGUCGAUUCAUCUUGUACAUGGAUUGGAAUUCUAAUUAUAUUAAUUGGUUCAAUAGGUAAUUGGCUUUGUAUAUGUGUAUUUUGUCGAAAACGUUUCCGUUCAUCUAUUUUAACACCAUUUUUUGUUGCUUUAUUAAUUGCCGAUUGUAUUUAUUUAACAUUUCGAGUUAUUAAAUUAUUAUAUUAUCAACAUACAUUAUUUGAUAAUUUCUUUUCAACAUUAUCAUGUUCAUCAAGUUUAUUAACACAAAUCUAUGGAUAUUUUGCACAAAAUGCACCACAAAUAUUUAUACCAUUAUGUCAUUAUGAAUUUUAUAUACGUUUUUCACUUAUACUUAUGUCAUUCUUAGCUAUACAACGUGCAUAUGAUAUGUUUCAUUCAUCUUAUAGAAUUUUACAAAGAAAUCCUUCAACAAGAUCAUUUGCAUAUAUACUUAUAAUAUCUGCAUUUAUACUUGCAUAUUUAUUUGAAUUAUUUGGUUUAAGUAUAUUUUGUUCAUACGAGCUUAGUUCAAAUGUUGCUUAUGGAUGGUAUGAUUAUAUUCGUACACAUCUUUCCAAUGAAACUACAAGUUUAAUAAAAUUUUUGAAAAACCAAUCAAGUAAUCAAAGUGAAAUUGAUUGUAUUAUUGAUAAUGAUACAGUCUGUUCACAUGAACAACAAGCUGAAAUAGUCCGUCAUUAUUUUGAUAAACAUCAACGUCCAAUUGUUGAUCUUAUUCAUAAAGUUCAAUCAUGUACAAUUGGGAAAAAAAUGGGACGUAAUGAACUUCGUUUAAAAUAUCAUUAUCAUACAUGUCCAUUUCGUAUGCAACCAGAUUUUUUUCUUAAAAUCUAUGAUCUACUUUAUUCACGAAGUUUUGGUUUUAAUCGAUAUUCAAUUAUACUUGUUUUUGGAAGUAUAAUUCCAUCAAUAGCAGCAGUAAUUGCUAAUGCAAUAUCUCUUCGAUAUAUUAUAGCUAUUCGUACUUCUGUUAUUGAACAAACACGUGCAUCACGUCGUCGAACAGAUGAAACUCGUCGUGUUAUUAUUAUAAUAACAAUUGAAUGUCUUUUAGCUAUUAUAAGUUCUUGGUUUGUUGAUAUUAUAUUAAGUAUUAAUUAUUGCAGUCGUUCAGUUGCAAUCGGUGAUGAUUGUCCGGAUUUUUUACGUCGUUCUCAAACAUUACAAGCACUUUGUGAUUUACUUAAUUCAAUGUCAAAUAUAAUUCUUUAUUGUUAUGCUGGUAGAAGAUUUCGACAUGAAUUAAGACGUAUGUUGCAAGCAUGGGUGCUCGCAAUAAGAAAACGUACACCAUGUUAUUGUCGUAUUGAAUGGAGAAAACCAGUUGCUAACGUAAAAACAUAUGGUGAUGAACAGUAUAAUGCUCAAUCCGAUUCAUCAACUAAACCAUCAAAAAUUCUCAAAUAUCCAAUUGAACAAAAACAUGAUUAUAUUAAAUUAAGAGUUGCUACUUAUCCAACUACUGUUUUAUGA